CAGUCGAUUGCUCUGUGUCAUUAGAGUCCGAAUGACGAACAUGAUCCGCUGAUAUUUCGUCUGGAUGAUUUGACAAAUAUCUUUACGAUUUUGGUGAAGACAGCCUGCAAAAAUGAAAUUUGCGGAACAUCUUGGUGCGCACAUCACUCCAGAGUGGAGGAAGCAGUACAUCCAGUAUGAGGCUAUGAAGGAAAUGCUGUAUGAGGCACAAGAGCAGUCACCAUCUGCUGAAGUAACGGACCAGACCAUCAUACAGAGAUUUCUGGCAAGGUUUGAUGAGAGAUUUUUCCAGUUCUGUGACAAGGAAUUGGCUAAAAUUAACACCUUUUUCUAUGAAAAAAUUUCCGAGGCCAAUAGAAAGUAUGCUAGUCUGAAGGCCGAGAUGGAAGCCUACCAUGAGCAUGCUCACAAACCAUCAACAGUAGGCCUGCGCCAGAGACGGGCUAGUGUGAAGACCUUGUUUAAGGACAAGGAAGUUAGUGGUGUAGCCCAUACACGAAAGCUCCAUGAUCUCAAACUGGCCUUCAGUGAAUUCUACCUUUCACUCAUCCUCCUUCAGAACUACCAGACACUAAACUUCACAGGCUUCAGAAAGAUCCUCAAAAAACAUGACAAGCUGAUGUCAACACAGAGGGGUACAGAGUGGAGACAAGCUCAUGUAGAUGCUGCCCCUUUCUACACCAACAAGGAAGUUGACCACCUUAUCACAGAGACAGAGAACAGUGUGACAUCAGACCUUGAAGGAGGAAACAGACAGAAGGCAAUGAAGAGGCUGAGAGUGCCACCUCUAGGAGAAACGCAAUCACCAUGGACAACCUUCCGAGUGGGGCUGUUUUUUGGAUGGUUCUCAGUGAUGUCUGUGGUUCUCGUGCUAACUGCAUUUUUCUCUGGCCACUCUGAGAACUGGGAGCCAGCCUUACGGAUGUAUCGAGGGAUAUUUCUAAUUAUACAGAUGAUUUUCCUGCUCGGGAUCAAUACAUAUGGCUGGCGGUCAUCAGGAGUCAAUCAUGUUCUCAUCUUUGAGAUUGAUCCUCGACAUCAUCUUUCUCAUCAACAGCUCUUAGAGCUGGCAUCUUCGUUGGCAGUACUAUGGGCUAUAAGUGUGCUGUGUUAUUUCUUUAGUGAUACGCUCCACAUUCCAGCGUUUGUGUUCCCACUGUCUCUGACAGGAUUUGUAUUGAUCUUCCUCAUCAAUCCUCUACCAAUUCUUCAUAAAAGUUCACGUAUGUGGCUUCUCACAGUACUGAAGCGGAUUUUUCUUGCACCAUUUUACAAAGUAGGAUUUGCAGACUUUUGGCUGGCUGACCAGCUCAACAGCUUAUCAACAGUUCUACUGGACUUUGAAUUCCUCAUAUGCUUUUAUGCAUUUGAAGUCGACUGGCUCUCAAGUACAUCUCCUGGUGUAUGCACUAUGAAUAAAUAUGGAAUCCGUGCUGUUGUAAGCUGUCUUCCUGCUUGGUUCCGAUUUGCCCAGUGUCUCCGUCGUUAUCGUGACACUAAGCUUGCCUUUCCUCAUUUGGUGAAUGCUGGGAAAUAUUCUACAACUUUCUUCACAACAGUUUUUUCAACACUGUACAAAGUGCAGAUAGAACUGUAUGGAGAAGGGCAGCGUCAGACCAGCGUAUUCUUUUACUUGUGGAUCGGGGCGUCGGUCAUCAGUACUUGUUACACUCUUACCUGGGACAUUAAGAUGGACUGGGGUCUACUAGACAAGAAUGCUGGGGAGAACACAUUCCUUCGUGAAGAGAUUGUGUAUGCUUACAAGGCUUAUUAUUAUUUUGCUGUGGUGGAAGACUUUGUGCUGAGGUUUGCCUGGACAAUAACAGUGUCUGUAGGAGAGGGAGGCUACUUUCCUGGGGAAGCUCUCAAAACUCUGUUGGCAUCAUUAGAAGUAUUCAGACGUUUUGUGUGGAACUUCUUCCGUCUCGAGAAUGAGCACUUGAACAACUGUGGUCAGUUCCGUGCGGUGCGUGACAUCUCCAUAGCACCCAUUGACUCCAAUGAUCAGACUCAGUUGGAGGACAUGAUGGACCAGGAUGAUGGUGCCUACACAUGUCGCUCGGAGCGUAAACGACUUAUGGGCAAGGCCUCUAAAAAGGACAAGGGAGCACUGUGGGUAUUUGGUGACGAGACCAUGGAAAAGAUCCCAUGGAAAUACAAAGGAGUGUGAUGUCUCACUGAAGAUCCAUGGGACACGUGGAGAGGGAUGAAAGGGGAAUAACUCCCCUCCAACUUUAAGUCCAGUUAAAAUAAUGUUGAAAACUUUUUGUUAUUGUUAUUGAGAACAAACCAGAGCUAACCAGAUAUGUUGUUCUGAAAUACAUCUCUGACAUGAUAAAUGGAGAGGUCAGCUAACCAGAUAUGUUGUUCUGAAAUACAUCUCUGACAUGAUAAAUGGAGAGGUCAGCUAACCAGAUAUGUUGUAGUCUUGCCAUUCUAGGUUUUACUUCCUGUAGAAGUAAAAUUGAACAGAUUUCAUGGAAGAAUGAAACAUUAUUUUGUUGGUAGAGAUAUUUUUGAAUUGAUAUGAUUUUUUUUACACGUAUCUUUAUGUUUGUAUUAUUUCGUAAAAUCUGUUGGAAGCCAUGUUCUGUUUGAUCUUGUUUAUCACGGUUAUCCAUUCCGUAUCAGGUGUAAAGGUAAGUAAUACCCAGACUGUUUUCAUGUUAUCAAACUUUUUUUCACUUGUAAUUAGUGCGAUGUUUGUAUUUAUACAGAUCAACUUAUAAUUGUAAACGGAUUUUGUUUUGUGUGCUAUGUUAUCCUUGUGUUCAUAUGAUUUUUAUGUCAAAUAUAGAUUUAUAUAUUGUUUUUUACACACAUGGACCUGAAAUUCAUCUUUUUUUAAAAUUUAUUCACAACAGGUUUAUGCCAUAAUAAAGUUUUAAAGAAAUUUUUAUGGUUCAACCUUAAAUCAAU